AUGACUUUCUACCUCGUCACCUUCUGCUGCGCCUUUGCCGCUCUGGGAUCAUUCUUGUUCGGCUAUGAUUCCGGCGUGAUCUCUUCCAGUAUCGAGCAGGAGGCCUUUGUGCGCCAAUUCGGAUCUCCAACCCUGUCUGAUGCUAUCGCCGGCAGCAUUAUUUCCUCGUAUAUCGGAGGCGCAAUCGUGGGCUCGGUCCUCGCCCCAUACAUUUCGGAUUACUAUGGCCGCAGAAUGGUCCUUCUCAUCGGCGGUCUGCUUGCCACUCUGGGUGCUGGUCUCCAGGGAGGUGCGGUCAAUAUUCCGAUGCUCAUCGCUGGUCGAUGCAUCGCGGGUCUGGCAAUUGGGCAGAUGUCGGCUACUAUUCCCGUUUAUUGUAGCGAGGUCGCCCCACCACAUAUUCGGGGGAUGCUAGCUAGUAUGCAACAAUGGAUGAUUGGCUUGGGGUUUGUGGUUGCUCAAUGGGUGGGAUACGGGUGUUCCCUUCGAGGUGGAGCCUUCUCCUGGCGCUUUCCCCUCUCCUUUCAAGGCGCGCCAGCAAUAAUUCUUAUCUGUGGUGUCUGGCUCCUUCCUGAAUCGCCAAGAUGGCUCAUCGAAAAGGGCAGAGAGGUAGAAGGCCGCUCAGUCCUCGCCCGACUCCAUCUCAACCAAAUGGCAACCAACAUCCCGCUAGUCGAACACGAGCUCUUCCAAAUCCAACGGAGCUUAGCAUCCGAAAAGCAAUCAGUCGUACGAUCCUGGCGUCAACUUAUUCUCUCACCGCGCUGGCGACAUAGGAUCCUUCUAGCCUGCGGUUUGCAAGUAUUCACCCAAUGCUCAGGCACAAACUUAGUCGCAAACUACGGCCCAAGACUCUUCACAGCGCUAGGCCUUACAACAUCAACAUCCCUUAUGGUAAUCGGACUCUGGGGCGCUCUAGCGCAGUUCUGGUACACGGUCUUCAUGCUUUUCAUCGACAAAGUCAAACGCCGGAAAUUACUCAUUCCAUCACUGCUCGGCAUGGGAGCAGCGCUGUGCGUUGAAGCCACACUCGCACGGUACAUUGAUUUCAGCGACCCCAAUGCCAGCCCACAUGCUCUGCGAGCUGCCAUCGCCAUGUUCUUUGUCUUUUCAUUCUUCUUCACGGCUGUUGGUAUGAUCUCCUGGAUUUACCAGACUGAGAUCUUCCCUACACCCAUUCGAGCGCGUGGUUCGGCCAUGGCGACUGCCACAAACUGGAGCGUGAGCCUUGUUUUCACGCAGUGCUCGCCUAUCGCAUUGACGAAGAUUGGUUCCGAUUAUUUUUAUUGCUUUGCCGGGUUCAAUUGGGCAGCAAUGAUUGUUGUUUGGGCCUUUUAUCCUGAGACUGCGGGUCGUUCUCUUGAAGGGGUUGAGGAGAUUUUCUCACCGCAGCUUGAUGAUGGCCAGUCGGAGCGCUCUUUUGUUAACGAGAGCACCCCAGUGGCUAUUACACCGCGCUCGCAUAUUCGACACAAGGGGCUGCAUCCGCUGUCGAUGCAUCCUACUUAUGACACUGUUAGUAUCGGUAGCAGUCACAGUGGGUCUGGGGAUGAGAUUGGAACUAAGGAGGUUUAG